AUGGCGCCAAAACCUGAUACUUUUGAGUAUACCGUUGCUAUGGUUUGCGCUUUAGCUUUGGAAAUGGCAGCAACGACGGCGAUGCUAGACGAGGUAUAUGGAAAACCAGAAUGGCAAGACCCUCGAGAUAAGAAUAACUAUACUUUGGGACGAAUAGGUCAACAUUACGUUGUCAUUGCUUGUCUCCCCGAAGGAGUCUAUGGCAUGACGGCGGCUACAUCGCUUAUUACCUGGAUGAUAUCCAGUUUUAGAAACAUAAAGUUUGCCCUUAUUGUUGGAAUCGGUGGUGGUGUUCCAUCUGUGAGCCACGAUAUUAGACUUGGAGAUGUUGUCGUCAGCAAACCGAGAGGGACUUCUCCGGGUAUCGUCCAAUACGACUUUGGAAAGGCAGUAAAUGGAGAAAUUAUCGCGAAUUCUUCUUUGGACAUGCCGCCCAAAGUUUUGUUAACAGCAAUGUCAAGUCUUGCCGCGGGCCACAUGAUGACCGGUAACAAGAUUUCCAUUCAUGUAUCAAAAAUGCUAGAGCGGUAUCCGAGAAUGAAAGAAAAAUUCUCAUAUCCGGGCACCGACAAAGACCUACUAUAUGAGGCAGAUUACGGCCAUACUGCGGAUACCCCCACCUGCGAUCAAUGCGACUCGGGGAAACUGGUACCUCGCGCGACACGAAAAAAUACAGAGCCAGCAAUAUUUUAUGGAACUAUUGGGUCUGGGAAUCUGGUUAUCAAAGACGGUGUUAUGAGAGACAGAUUGGCUAAGGAAAACAAUAAUAUUCUUUGCUUCGAAAUGGAGGCCGCCGGCCUAAUGGGCCAGCUUCCGUGUCUCGUAAUACGAGGUAUCUGUGAUUAUGCAGAUGCCCAUAAAAAUAAGGCUUGGCAAGAGUAUGCUGCUGCGGCAGCAGCGGCAUAUGCGAAAGAACUUCUCUGUGCUGUACCUUCAAGAGACAUCAGUGUUGAGGUUAUCAGCCCGACUCUUGCACUUCGAACCAGUUUCAAAGCUUCGAGUAAUGUACAAGUUAGCGCCGCAGAAGUGCAAACGCCGCCCUCACCGUCGUUUAUCUUGACAGAUAGGUUUCAUCUAAAGGAUAGUAUAUCCUUAGCUAGCCUUGUUCUGGACCGACGUUAUCCAAACCAAGACUACUUCUCGUCUUCCAUGAUAUCCUUACAGAAAGGAGAGGACUUUUCAGUUUCCAUCGACCAAAAUUUUAACGAAUUCGUUGGGGCAUGUGCCAAAUCAAGUCCUGUAUUCAAAAAGGCACUUGCGAAACUUUUCUUACCACCAUCGACGAAAGGUGUUGAAGGAGAUAUUCAAAUUAUGUCUAAACAGAGUUCCGUCUAUACUUUACUACAGCCGCGAACUUUAUUCAAGAAUAUUAGUAGUACAACCGAAUUUCAAGAUUGGUUAGGUGAUGCCUGGGCGAGAAGAAAGCCGCUCUACUUUGUCGUUGGCUACCGGACAGUCACUGAUGCACAAUUUAUUGGGAAGGAGAUAAAAUCUCCCCAAAACCGACGACUUUCACGCAACCUUUCCUAUAAGCCUCGCUAUGAUACAGACGGAGAACGAAUUUACGCAAUAUGCUUUCGGAAAGUGAAAUUCGAGCGGACGUCCGAGGGAACAGUUCAAGUUCUCGGCUCAACAAACAGGUGGAGAGUGUUCAAUAAACAACGUGGGGCAAACUCGGAACUCGAGCAAGUGAUCUCCGCAGACCUUUGUGAAGAUGAUGAAGUCGGAACCAAUGAUUUUGGUGUUUUCCCUACCCAAAAUAGGGGGGAGUUGUGGACGGGGUUUUAA